AUGGACGGCACGUCGCAUGUGGAGUGUCACGGCACCCGCACUCCGGUCGGCGACCCCAUCAAGGCCGAGGCCGUGUCGCUUGCGCUUGACGGGCCGAGCCGCCCGAAGCCAAUCCUGAUCGGCUCAAUCAAGUCCAACCUGGGCCACUCCGGAGCUGCCAGCGGCAUUUCCAGCAUUAUCAAUUCCACGUUGAUGCUCGAAAACAGCCUGAUCCCUGCCACCGUCGGUAUCCGCAAGCUGAAUCCCAAGAUCCGAUUGAAGGAAUGGAAUGUCGAUGUGGUGACGGAACUGCGCCCGUUCCCAUCGCUUGCGCGCAGGCGAGUCGGCGUGAACCCGUUCGGCUACGGAGGUGCCAACGCCCACGUAGUCAUCGAAAGUGCGCCAGCAAAGCUUCGCUCUGGCAGCGUCACCGCGGGUCCCGUCUACCAGCGCUCCAAGUACCUCAUCCCCUUGUCUGCCUUCACUGAAGAGUCGCAAACCUUGCAACCUGGCCUGGCUUUGGAAGUUUCCAGCUACCCGACUUGGUUGCAAGACGUGACCAGCGCUUCACCCACUUCAAGAAUCGCGGCUUCUUGGUUUCCAGCGAGGAAGGACUGUGGGAGAAUCUAA